CUUCCUUUGCGACCAGGAGCUUUUCUGCAGCAGUUUCCCCCGAAACUUACGCCCGUGCAGAUUUAUGGCCGGAAAAUCAUACUUGGCUAAGCGGUGGAAAAAAAAUAAAUCAGCAACAACACGAGCGCGCGCCCGCCUCUCUUUUCGCGUUUUUGUGCGUGUGUGCGUGAGAGUGAGUGUGAUAAUUAUGGCAAAAGUGGCAUAAAAAUUAUGAUAGCGGAAUUCCCACGGCCGACGACGAAUGUGAAUUGGGAAAAUCGAAAAAGCAGGCAAAGCCAGGAGGCGGAUAAAUUGUCAAACGAGCGCUGCAAAUCGAUCAGCUGUGACGUCGACGGAGGCAGAAAGUUUGGCCAAAAGAAAAGGUCAAACAAGCAGCAGCAACAACAACUGCAGGCGGAAAGGGAAGAAGAGGAGAACAAGAAGCUCUGUCAAAAGCAAGGGGUAAAGGAUAAGAAGAGUAAGAAGAAGAAGCUACCAAACGAGGAGGAUAAGAUUAAAAAACAAAAGGAAAGGAAACAGAGUAAGGAGAAGAAGCAGCAGCAGCAAAGGGCAAAUAAUAAAAAAAAGAAGCGGCAUCAGCAUCCCCGUGUACAGAGGAAAAAAAACCUUGCGUUAUUUUUAGAUUAUUUACGGCAGCUUAGUGCCGCCGAAAUCGAAAUUGUCGCUGUCGAAUCAGCCGGCUGCUGUGACGUCAGAGGAGCAGGCUGUCAUCACGCUAACGGUAAACACGCCGCCCAUAACGGCACUUGGAGCCAUUUCGAGCAUAAAACCAAAAUUUAUGCUCUAUAUCGUCACCUGGAGAUCGGUGGCCCGCUCGAACAAGUGCAACAGCAACAGCAGCUGAGGGUCGGCCUACUCAAGACCCGGCUGCGCUUCGAGAUGCUCUUUGCUGAGCCACCGCCCACCCAAGGCCACGCCCCCACCGCGCACGGUCACGAUCAUGCGGCCGAUGAUAUGUCGGAUGCGCCACCUGGCGGCGAGCCGGUGAUCCCAAUGCUGCAGGAUCAGCAAAACAGCGAACUUAUGGCAGGCACCGCCAGCAACGUAGAGCUAAUGGAGGCCAUGAAGAAACUAGAUGCGGACCUGGUGGCUCUUUUCGCCACCGCUGCCUCCGCCGAGCCCCUUAAGAUUAAGAAACAGCAGCAGGUCCUGUGGCCGGAAGCCGAGUCGGAGCAAAUCGCCCAGGAUUCGGAGGAGGAUGAGCUGGUGAUGACACCGGAGCUCUUCCGCAGCUGCAACGCCUUGCAGCUCCACUUGGAGGCACUGACAUUGCAGCCGGAGGGAACCCAACGCAUGGAACUGGUUCAAAACGAAGUGAGACCCAUUUUCACCGUGGAGUGCCAGCUGUCGAGAGACUUGAUCCGGAAAGUGCCGCGCCAAUCGAUGUUCCACAUCAUGCAGUUCGAGUCGGAGAAGUUCCAGAGUCUGACCCAAUGCACCCGUUUCGGGCAGACGGCUCAGCGCCAGGUCGAUAUGGAGGAUAAGACCCUACAGGAUCCGGAUCAGAGUGCUGGCCAUGUAGACAUCACGGUUUGGUGGCGCGAGCCCGGCACCUGUCUCAACGAAAUGCUCGGCAUGGGUCGCCUGGAACUCAGGGAGCUCUACAAGGCAUCCCUGUUGGAGCAGUGCAAGUGCAUUGCCAUUCGGCGUCGCGACGUCCACCUGGGUAGCGUGUAUUUGAAGAUCAGUCUGCUCCAGAAUUUGAAUGCUAGCCCGGAGCAGCAGCAGCAACAGCAGCAGCAACCGGGCCAAAAGAACGAAAGUGGAAACAAGGCAGCAGUUAACUGCAACUCGAAGGCCGUUGUAACGCCCCCUCAGCCGCCGGCGCCGCCACCUCCUCCGCCCAAAGCUAACAAUAACAAUAAAGCCAUCUUGGAGUGCGUCAAUUUCAUGGCGGAGACCAAUAAAGUCCGUCUUCUCAGGGGUUAUCUCUACGCCGGGGAGCUGCGUCAAUUAACGGCGGGUAAUAAGACCGCCUGCCAGGAGCUAUCGCUUCAGCCCUUCUGGCAGGCGCAGCCACUGCUGGCCAAGAUCAGCGAUGCAGGAUCCUUCGAGCUGCAGGAGCAGUUUGCCAUCAUCAAUGAUGAGCGCUUCCUGCAGAGCGUCGAGCGGCAGCAGCUGGUCAUGGAGCUGCGUCCCUUGGGUGCAGUCGUACGACUCCCGCUGCACCAGUUCUUCAUCGCGUACAGAGACUCCAGCAUCACAAAUCACCUGUGCAAGGGAAAGCUACCAGUGAUUUCCAUCGAUGGCUGGGCACCCAUUGUCAGUGCUGAGAACCAGACACCUCUGGGUGAGCUCAAGGUGCUCCUGGCCAUUGGAAGUGAGUCGCAGAUUGCUCAACUGAAGCAGCAGCGUGGCUUCGACCAUGACAACAACCAAGUGCCGGCUCCAAGUAGGACCACCGACUUACUUGACAUGCUUCAAAAUGCCAUCGCAGCUCCAACGCCGAGUAUCUCAGCUCCAGUAAUGCCGCCACCACCGGCUCCUUUAGCGCCCAGUACCUUCAGCUUCCAAUUGCGCAUCGUGGGAGCUGCUGGGCUGCCUCUAAAUCCUGGCUAUGGGAAAUCGAAGAAGCAAGUCAAACGCCAGUCGGCAGCCAAGCGAUUCCCGCCCAAUGACCCUCCCAACACCUAUGUGACCUUCCAGGCCAUCAAUUGCAAUAGUCAGACCUACAAGUCACACGAAGGAUUGGUCUUUGCCACACCAGUUUUCCCCAGAUCUACCAAGCCCCAGUGGCUCAGCAAGUUCCGGGUGGACGUCAGCCGCGAUUAUCGCAGUAAUCCCCAGAAGCUUUUCAUUCUAAAGCUGUGGAAGAAGGCAACUGUUAGCCCAAACGGCACCACAGAGCCUUCGCCCCAUGAAGAUGCCAUAAUAGGAUUCGCUGCACUAAAUCUAAACCAGAAACAAGCGGGUGGAGGCUUUCCCAGCGGAUGGCAUAACAUAGUAGACUUUAAUGGACGGGUGACUGGGGGAAUCGAGGCGCACGUGGAGCCCAUAUCGCCCAGUGUGGAUACCGUUAUUGAUCAGUUCGAGAAGUCAAUGGAACUGGGCCACUUGCAGUUGGGGCAGGCCAUCAAGCGCAAAUACACGGAGCUGGAGGAAAUAUCGCAGAGAUUGCGAUCUCGGCUGGUGGAUGUCACGGGGGAAAGGCUAAAGUUCCCGGAAUUUGAUGUCGACUCCGCAUUGGACAGUUGGCAACAGGAGGGAGAUGACGAUGAUUUGGCGGAGGAUUUCGAACGUUCCCUUCGCACUCCCACGCCCCCUGGCUCACCUACGCCCUCCACCAGCACCGCCGCACAAAAUCUCAGAAACUCCAAUGGCCAGGAAUAGCCCAGGGCCAAAAGUCAGUUAAGCAUAUUUUUUCUUCUCUCCGCAUCUCGAUGUCGUCUCUGAUAUUGGCUCAAAUGGUAGCUAUAGUUAACCAUCUAGAUGUAGGCUAUAUAUAUAAUACGCGGAUCUUAAUCUGAUAUUAUGCUGUACUUAAAUUGGCAUCCCAUUUUUGCCUCGAUUCACCGUCUUAUGGCUGUCUAUAUAGCAUAAAAUCAAAGCUAGCAACGAUCACCCAGCGAUCGUUUCAUUGAGUUACAAAUCGUCGAUUGAAUAUUGUUUUAAGUCACGAGGAUUUUCCCCAGCAACCACACGGAAUAUGUAUUAGUUUCGGAACUGUGUUAAUCACCUAAGUAUCUAGACACUAUUACCUAAUACAAAUUUAAAUAAAAUAACAAAUGCUAAAGCAACUC